UUGUGUUUAAAGAGAAGUGGAGUUGGAUCAAACCCAUGGCAAGAGGAAAAGAGUGAUUUGAUAAUGAAGAAGUGGCUUCUUUACCCAGCCCAUCCUGCUGGGGAAAUCCUCCUUCCAUGUUUUUGCUAUAGAACACUCUAGAAUGUAUGUUUUCCAAACCAGAUACAGCACCUUUUUUUUUAAAAAAAAAAAAAAAAGCAAACUUUGUGGAUGGGGGGAUUUAAUGAAACUAUUUUUAACAGUCAUUAUGCAAACUAUAUGUAUUAGAUAAUUCAUCUGUUUUCGGGCAUGCAGAUUUAUUUAAAUGAGCAGGUAGCUCUUAACUGUUGGGUGGUGGGGACUGAGAUCCCUGUAGCUAAAGAUGGACUGAAGCAAACAGGUGACUCACUGCAGGAACUCAUCUGCUGUUUCAAGCACAUGUGAUAGCAGUCCCAGGAUACUGCUGGUAAUGGUCAGAGUGAUGUCUGUAAAAGCUGCCUGCAGUGUCAUAUCUCCCCGGAGACAAGAGUAGCAAAGAGGAAGUGUUUUCUUACACAAUCCUAAAUCUAUACAAAGAUCACCCUUUCUCACUCUUCCAGCCUUUUUUUGGCAGGUAUGUUGCUGGUGUAGUUCUGCCCCUUGGCUGCGUUUAGUUGUUAUUUAUAAAAAGUCAUUCUUUGUGACUUAAUUUGUCUGUAUAAAAGGGUGUAAGGCAGAUUAUCUGCUUCAGCAGAGAACAUUAAGUUGACAGAGAUCACAUUUGAUCGCAGCCGCAGUUCUAGUCUGAACAAUAUUAAAGGACACCAUGUCCUUGCUCAGGGUAACCCAGAGUGGCCAGGAGCACCGUGUUUCAAAUCAUACGUCUCAGCACUUUUCUUCUAAGUGAGCACUGCCACCCUGCUUUUCAAGUGACUUCUGUGCUGUGUGUUACUUGGGAUUGUAAAAGCCCAGAUACAUGCAAAACUUUUAAGGGCUGGGUGAUGAGAGACUGCAGUCCUGCUUAGGCUACACAUGUGAAUUGGUCCCACAGUCUCGGGAUUGCUCGUGAAGGGAGAGGUUGGUCAGAAUUUGACUGUGCCCUGCUUUUACACGGUUAAGAGAGAAUACGACAUCACCUCAAUGUGCUGGGGCCGUGAUGCCUGCCCCAGUUCAAAAUGUUCUCGCCCCAUUAUCUGGACAGAUGGGAGGAGGGUGACAGCGCAGUACCACACGAGGUAUGUGCUGAAAGGGGAGCUGCUGAAGGGCAACGUGUCCCUCACCAUCCUGAAUGCCCAGGAAGCAGACAGUGGGACGUACUGCUGCCGUGUGGAGAUCCCAGGCAUGUUCAACGAUGAGAUAACCAACUUCCAGGUGGUGGUUGAGAGAGCUAGGGUCUCUACUGCAAGUCCUCUCACUUACACCUCUCCACAGACCUCAGCUCCUGGGAGUGCCAGUGGAGCAUCCUCUACUGUCAGAACGUGGCCAUCAGUUUCUGUUUCAGAAGCUCCUGAGACUGCCUCUGGUUCCUACUCAAGCACCUCAGACUACCCAGAAGUAACCUCAAGCCUGCAGAAUUCGUCCAUAUCAACCCAUAGUCAGCAGUACUCAGAAAAGGGUGUUUACCUCAGAAUUGGAUUGUGUGUGGCAUUUCUGGUCAUCCUUGUUUUGGGUCUGUUCCUGGGUAGACGAUAUUUACGCAAUAUGAAGAAACUGAGUAAGUUUGCAAGCUUUGUUUUUACUCAUGUGUGCAGCUCUGUUGCAUUUUGGAGACCAGAACGUGCAGAGAACCGAAGUGCCCUGGAAAUUGAGAUCCAUACAGAGGAAAACAUUUACACAAUACACUAAGGACUGUAUGCAUGCUCGCCUUUGUCAUCUCUGGGACUUCAAAUAUUUUCCAAAAUGUUAGCUGCUCCCUCUGCUCUGCAGCUAAGUGUGACUGGACUACUAAAGCAUCACUCAUAUCAUUCUAAUAAAGCAAAUAAAAGCUACCAUUCUAAUUAAAAA